AUGCACCAAACUUCGCCAACCGGUGGCAGCAACCUCGCCAGUAUCAACAAUCUCACCAACCCGACUCCCUCUGUAAAGCAACAACAACAAACUCCUCAAUCCUCACAACAACAACAACAACAACAAACACCCAUUCGUUCAGGCUAUGGUUUGCCAUCGAUACCAUCACCAUCUCAACAACAACAAUCUACACAACAGCAACAAGCACAACAGCAGCAACAACAACAAGCAGCAGCACAACAACAGCAAGCAGCAGCUCAGCAACAAGCAGCGGCUCAAGCAGCGGCACAACAACAACAAGCAGCAGCUCAACAGCAAACGGCUCAAUCAACACAACAACAACCACUCAGACAAGCUCAGUUUGAUAAUGCAUUCCAAUUUUUGGAACAAGUUAAGCUACAAUUCUCUAAACAACCAAAGAUUUACAAUCAAUUCCUUGAUAUUAUGAAAGAUUUAAAGGCACACAAUAUUGAUACACCAGGUGUUAUUCAGAGAGUUACAGAGUUAUUUAAGGGUCAUCGUCAUUUAAUUUUGGGUUUCAAUACGUUCUUGCCACCUGGAUAUAGAAUUGAGAUGGCAGAUGAUGAUAGACCACCUUCAUUCUCUGUUCCAUCACCAACUCAACAGCAAAUCAAUCAACAACACGGUUACCCUGCACCACAGAAUCAACAACAACAACACUUAUUGCAACAACAACAACAAGCGCAGCAACAACAGUUACAACAAGCGCAGCAACAACAAUUACAACAGCAACAGUUGCAGCAACAACAACAGCAACAGCAACAACAGCAGUUCCUCUUGAGACAACAACAACAAGCGCAGCAGCAACAGUUACAACAGCAACAAGCGCAGCAACAACAGCAACAACAACAGGUGGCAGCAGCAAGUCAAGCACGUGAACAACGCAAGCAAAACGAUUUGGAUCAUGCCAGAAAAUAUGUAAAGAAAAUUAAGGAUCGUUUCGAAUCGCAACCAAUGGUUUACAAGCAGUUUUUGAAUGUACUCCAAAAGUACCAGCAUGGUGAUCAUCAGAUUCGUGAGGUCUACGAUCAAGUCUCAGAGUUGUUCAAGUCGCACUCCGACUUGUUGGCAGAGUUUGUGCAAUUCUUGCCAGACAAUACCCAGCAAAAUCAGCAACCACUCGGUGGUCAACCAUCGCCACUUCAAGUGCAAACUCCACAGUCUCAACAACAGAUGAUGCAGCAGCAGCAAAACAUGGCGAUGGGUGGACAACCAACUACCACCCAACCAAUGAUUGUUCAAUCGUCACGUCCUCCCAAGCAACAGAAUCGUCAGCAACGACAACAACAGCAACAAAUGCAGCAACAAGGCUACCCUCCAGGCAAGCCAGUGCCACCACAGCCACAGCAGUUGCCACCUCAACAGCAGCGUAUGUCAUUGCCAGAGCAACAGCAGAUGGAGCCAAUGUCGGUCCUCGGCGACAAGUACGACAAGAGCGGAGUGAUGAUGCAGCAUCCAGAGAUGAAGAUUCCAGUGCCCAGUCCAAGCGGUGUCAACAUGUCGCCACUCGACAAGGAGAAAGACAAGCGUAACAAGCGUCGCAAGCCAGAGUCUGACUACGAGCGUGGCGUUGGCCAAGAUGCUUCCAAUGAGGAAGUUGAAUUCUUCCUAAAGGUGCGUACAGGUGUCGCCAGCAACAAACUCUACAACGAGUUCCUAAAGUGUAUCAAUCUGUUCAGUCAGGACAUCAUCACAAAGACAGAGUUGGUAUUGCUAGCCAAAGACAUCUUGAUACCAAGACAAACUGCAUUGUUCGAAUGGUUCAAACAGUUUAUCGGAGUUGAUGAGCAGUCACUCGAGCAACUAGAACGACAAGAGUAUGCACUCUCGCCAUCCAUCGCACAACCAGACACUGAUUUUACAACCUGUAAAAGAUUAGGUCCAUCCUAUAGAGCAUUACCAAAGAAUUAUCCAAUUCCAAAAUGUACAGGUAGAACAGAGUUGAGUGCAUCGGUGUUGAACGAUGUUUGGGUAUCUUUCCCAACUGGUUCCGAAGACUAUGGUUUCAAGAGUCAAAGAAAGAAUCAGUUUGAGGAGAUUCUCUAUAAGUGUGAGGAUGAGAGAUUCGAGUUGGACUUGGUGAUCGAGUUGAAUGCUUCUACUAUCAGGGUAUUGGAUCCACUCUAUAAGUCGCUGAUCGAUCUCAAUGAGUCGGAGAGACAACACUUUAGAUUGCCAACUCUCAAUGUUCUUCAUCAUAGAUCCAUAGAGCGUUUAGAUCCGUCAAAAGUACACAGAAAAGAUCAAGGAGACCGACGAGCUGAUAAGCAAGCGUCGCUCCAAGACACCGGUUUCCAAGCCACCACCCUACCACUUGCUCUACUCGAUGCCCGACUACAAGAAGAUCAACAAAAGCCAACCACCUCUUCAAAUUCAAAACCAACAACAACAUCAACAACAACAACUACAACUACUCAUGAAGAAAAGUUGAAAGAAUCAAAUGGUAGCAGUAGCAGUGACGAUAAGAAAGAAGAUGUGGAGAUGAAGGAUGUCAAUAGCAAUAAUAACAAUAUUGAUGCCAAUGGCAAUGUACCAUUCAAGGUUAUUCAACCAAAAUCAGUCUCUGACAAAGAGAAGAGAGUGUUCUUUGGAAACAAUACUUUCUAUAUAUUUUUGAGAAUCUACCAGAUUCUGUAUGAACGUCUUUUCAAGUCGUUGGAGUUGGCCGAUGCAGCCAAGAAGGCACACUGGACAUCGAAACCAAAUGUCACCAGAUUCUUUAGAAACAUCAACCAGAACGGUGACCAGAACAACGAAUCGAUGGACGCCAGCGAAGAUGUCAGCGCCUCUGAAUCAGAGUUGAGCGAACAAGAGCGAUACAACCGAUUCCUCAAGUGUCUAAUGGAUCUGAUAGCCAACAACAUCGAUCAAUCCACCUACGAAGAUAGUUGCCGUUCGUACUUGGGUGUCAACUCAUACAUUGUCUUUACACUGGACAAACUUAUCAAUCAGCUCACCCGACAACUACAAGCGCUGCUCUCCAGUGAGAACUGCUUGAAGUUGUUGUAUCUCUUCACACUGGAGGUGAAACAACCAAACGGUUGGACAGAUACACUCUAUCAAUCCAAGGUGAUCGAAGUACUCAAGGACGACCGUAUCUUCCUCUUUGAGUUCGAGACCAAGAACCCGGUAGGUGGAUUCACCAUUCAACUGCUCGACCCAACCUCACCGGCAAUGCUCAAGAACGCAGAGAAUGCCAUUGCCGAGUCUGAAAAGAUGAUGGCCAACGCCGAAUCAGACUUGGAGCGCGCCAAGCAGUAUGUCAACGACUUUAGUCAGUUGGAUUCCAACAUUGAUCCACGCGUCCACAAGGUGUUCCUCAUGCGUAACAUUCCAAAGAAGACCAUCGAAGAAGCAAUGCAAGAGACAAUCAACGAAACCGGCUUGGAAUGCCGUGUUUGUACACAAACUUUCCGUCUCUUCUACGUCGAGGAUACCGAAGACUUUUUCUAUCGUAAGGGUUCAUUAGAUGCCGCAUCAAAAUAUCGUGGUAAAAAAUUAGAUUUGGACAAGAUUAGAAAUUCGAAUAAACAAUAA